GACCGAUGGUACAAAUACCAAAUUCUUUAGAAAAACACUUUUUUGAAGGUUUGAAUAAAGAACCCGUAGGAUUUAUAAUUAUUAGCGAAAGAACGUUUUUGUAAAGAUUCCCAUACCUUUAUCCACAGAAAUCGAACAUUCUGUCUGUCUUGUAAUCAUUUUCGGAUUCUCGCUUUCUCGAAAUUCAGCAUGAUUGACGCACCAAUGGAUCCUUACCUGGCUUCGGAAGAAAUCAAUUUCAAUCAGACUGCUCCUGUUCUUUCUGAAUUGAAUGAAUCACAUCCAGUACCGUUCAACACGAACGCUAACCAUACCCAUGAUUAUCAACGUCUAGAGAAAGGAAACGAAGAACUCACUAGGAAUGAAUUCUCUCGUGAAAAAUCUCCUGCUCAUGCAGAGUCCAUUGAUGACAACCGCUGGAAUACACAUCUUAGGGAACCCGAAACACAAACCCACGAGACUGUAGGGAGAGAGUCAGACGAACCUGAGAAUCCUGGAACGAAUUUGUUUGUCACAGGGAUUGCUCCUCGUAUUCAGGAAGAGGAUCUACAUGAAAUGUUCAGCAAGUACGGUACCAUUAUUCGAGCCAAUAUCUUGAAGGAUCCUGCUACCAAAGAAUCUAGAGGAUUUGGAUUUGUUUCUUUAUCAACACUGGAAGAAGCAGAUGCCGCUAUACAAGGACUAAAUUCCCAGGAAUUCUUUGGACGUGUUUUAAGUGUACAGAAGGCUAAACGAUCACGUCCUCGCUCUCCUACGCCUGGAAAGUAUAUGGGACCAAUGAGGACAAAGAUGAAUCAGGGAAGACAGGGACUUCAUCGAUACAAUGGAAAUAAUAGGAUGUCUUCUUCCUAUCGUCCUAACCGCGAUAAUCGUAGAUUUCAAAACUCUUAUCGCUCUGGCUUUGACAGAAACUAUGAUAAUAAUAGGGACCGCUCUCCGGGAUCAGCACGUCCUAGAAGAUCCAAUAACGAUAAUAAAUACCGCCCUUAUAAUGAUCGUCGUCGCAGCAGCCAUGAACACCCUCGGGAUGCGAAGGACCAGUACUCUCGUUCCUACAAUAAUGACAGAUCACAACAAGAAAGAUCCUAUUCAACUGCCGCUCCAUCGGUUGGUUCCAUGGACGAACGACGUCCUAUUGAUUAAGAUAUAUUAAAGGAACUACCUUAUUCCAUCUUUCAAUAACGAUAUCACUGGAUUUUGUGAUUGUCUCCAACUUUGCUAUCUAUGGUUUCAUAUGAUUAUGAUUUACGGAUUCUUAUAAUAAUGUCUUUUUCAGUUUCUUAUACCUCGAAUAUUCGCUGUUUGCGUCCCUUUACGAGAUUUCCUCCCUGCAUCGUAACGACCUCUGUUUCAUUCCUUGACGGACAAACUUUGUUGUUUAUGUACUGAUUAUGAUUGAUGCCUAACUACAAGCUUAGAUUUACGCAUAUGUGUUUUUUUAAUGUCCAUUUGCAAAUUUUUGCAACAGCAAAGCUUUAUUUAUUUUGGUAAUGACGCACGUUCAUGUUUAAUGAUUCUACCGAACAAAACAGAAUAUAAUUCCUUUGUUCAUUCGUUACAAGAAAUUGAGUUUUUCAGAUAGAAUAGGUUUCAUCUUAUUUGCAUAAUGAUAGUCCAUUCAGAAAAAUCGAUCGUUCAACUUAGAGCCUUCAUUUUAAAACGUUAACAUUUUUUAUUCAUAC